UGUCCCCUCGGACACAGCAGAUCACCGAUUACGGAAAGAGCCGAAGAUGGGGCAUCUACACUGAUCAUCAGGGCACUGAUGAUCAGUGUGCCCUGAUGAUCAGUGUAGCCCCAGCAGUGCCACCUGUCAGUGUCCAUCAGUGCCUUGUGUCAGUGCUCAUCAGUGCCUCAUGUCAGUGCCCAUCAGUGCCACAUCAAUGCCACAUAUCAGUGCCUACCAGUGCACAUCAAUGCCACAUAUCAGUGCCCAUCUGAGCUGCCUUUCAGUGUCACCCAUCAGUGCCAGUCAGUGCCACCUAUCAAAGCCAAUCAAUGCCACCUAUCAGUGCCAGUCAGUGCCGCCUAUCAGUGCCAGUCAG